AAGUCAUUCCCCUUCACAUUACAAAACACCCAUUUCUCUCUUUCCCCCUCUCUCUCUCUCAGAGCAAUGGCCGCUGCUGCGACAGCAACAAGAACCAGCUUCCGAAGAAGAACCCAAGCCCUCAAUCCUCUCUCCCUCCGUCCAUCGACCCAAGAAGAAAUCUCAGUGGACAACAUCUACUGCGAGGAGUGCGGGUCGGGCGAUGUUCCCGACGAGCUUCUCCUCUGCGACAAAUGCGACCGUGGCUUCCAUCUCUUCUGCCUCCGUCCCAUCCUCGCCUGCGUGCCCAUUGGCCCUUGGUUCUGCCCUUCAUGCUCCAACCACAAGAAGCUCAAACAAUUUCCACUAAUUCAAACCAAAAUAAUAGAUUUCUUUCGGAUUCAAAGGUCGCCUGACUUUCCCUUGAAACCUUGUCGAGAUUGUCGGAAGAGGCGAAAGGGAGGCUUGUCAGUUUCAAAGAGGAGGAGGCGACUGUUGGCAUUCAAACCGUGUGAGGAUCCGGAGAGUCGAUUGAAACAGAUGGCUUCUCUGGCGACAGCACUGACUGCGACGGGGACGGAGUUCAACAAUGAGCUUACAUACAUGCCUGGCAUGGCUCCAAGGUCUGCAAACCAGGCAUUUCUCGAGCGAGAGGGAAUGCAGGUUUUGUCCAGAGAAGACACAGAAACCUUAAACCUCUGCAAGAAUAUGAUGGAAAUGGGUGAAUGGCCUCCCCUUUUGGUUGUUUUUGAUUCACUUGAAGGGUUUACAGUACAGGCAGAUAGGUUCAUAAAGGAUUUGACAAUAAUUACGGAAUACACUGGUGAUGUUGAUUACUUGAAGAAUCGUGAACAAGACGAUGGAGAUAGCAUGAUGACCCUGAUUUCAGCGAAGCAUCCUUCGGAAAGCCUGGUUAUCUGUCCUGAUAAGCGCGGCAACAUUGCCCGUUUCAUCAGUGGCAUCAACAAUCACACUGCGGUUGGGAAGAAGAAACAGAAUUUGAAAUGUGUGAGAUUUAACAUAGGCGGCGAGAGCCGGGUACUACUCAUUGCAAUCCGAGAUAUAUCAAAGGGGGAGAGAUUGUAUUAUGAUUACAAUGGAUAUGAACAAGAAUAUCCAACACAACAUUUUGUUUGACUAUGAUCACCACAAAUCCCAAUCCAAAGCCAUGUAACAUGUUCGAAUUUUUGUUAAGAUGGAUUCAUGUAUUUUUCUUGAGGAAAAGAAAAUUCAUAUGAAUUGUUCCA